AUGGCACACCCAGCAACCCGCCUCCUCCCAAGGCCCGGCCUCACCUCCUCCUGGUCCAGCCUCACGCCCUCGACCCUCCUCACCCGCACAGCCGCCAGCAGCAACCCCCUAACCCACUGCCGCCCCUUCCUCUCCUCGCUCCUCAACCAGACCUCCACCCCACAAGAGCUCACAGCGCAGCGCACGCUCCCCUACAACCACCGCCAGCUCUACGACCUAAUCGCCGACAUCGACGCCUACUCGACCUUCCUGCCCUACUGCAAGACAUCGCGCGUAACGCAGUGGACGCCCCACCCCGACGCCGACGGCCGCCGCUGGCCCACGCAGGCGGACCUGACGGCCGGCUGGGGCGGCAUCGAGGACACGUACACGAGCCGCGUGUUCUGCAUCCCGGGCUCGGGGAUUGUCGAGGCGAUCAGCGGCGACGAGGGGUGCACGGAGAUCCCCGCCUCCGUUCUAGCGCAACACAAACUACAAGAUUCAGGACCCCCUCCUUCCCAGGGUCGCGAGGGCGAGAACAAGGACGCCGUGUUCAAGAGCCUGAUCACGCGGUGGACCAUCACCCCCGCGGCGGACGCGACGCGUCCCGACCGCUUCCAGUCCGACUGGAGCGACGUGCGGCUGAGCAUCAAGUUCCGCUUCGCGAACCCGCUGUACGGCGCCGUGAGCGCGGCCGUCGCCGACAAGGUGGCGCCCGUCAUGGUGGACGCCUUCGUCGCGCAGGCGAGGCGGAUACUUGGAGAGCCGGGGAGGUGA